AUGGCUGCAAUCAGGCGAGCAACAACCAGAGACCUGGCAGUGCUGGCUAACGCCUCUGAAAACAACGCCUCUCCAGAUUACCUGCUUUUCCAUGUGGAGGUAUUCCCCAAAAAUGAUCCUGAAAGACGCAAACAAUGGAUUAUUAAUAUGAAGUGUAAAGGGUGGAAUCCGCAACAAAACCACCGUGUGUGCUCUGUUCACUUUGAAGACAAGUAUAUUUGCGGGAGGGACAUACGUCAACGCCUCACGCCAGACGCAGUCCCGACUAUAUUCGACUAUCCAAAAAACGUUCAAAAUAAGAUCAAAGACGCAUGGGAGUGGCUGGGUAUGGACAUUAGAGGGCCACUGCCCCUAACACCGAACGGACACCAGCACGUUCUGACCUUGACAGACUUCUACUCCAAAUGGGUGGAGGCCUUCCCCCUGAGAGGUUGUAGCUCUACUGAGGUAGCACAGCAUGUAGCUGAAGUCAUCUCUCACUUUGGCUUCCCUUUUGGAAUUCACUAA